AGCAGGAUGAAAACUAUAGUAAUAGAGUAAUAGCGCCCUCUGAUGGCCGUCAUCGGUUGAACAUCAGACGCGUCACGUGUUCUAGAGAGUUCUAAGUGCAUUGUGGGACCUCAACCCGGCUCCAUCCAUCCUCCUCUAUUCCGCAAACAUGAUGCCCACUCCAGUCAUCCUCCUAAAGGAGGGCACAGACUCUUCUCAGGGGGUCCCGCAGCUGGUCAGCAACAUCAAUGCCUGCCAGGUUGUGGCAGAGGCUGUGCGGACCACCCUCGGCCCCCGUGGCAUGGACAAGCUUGUGGUGGAUAACAGAGGCAAAGCCACCAUUUCUAAUGAUGGAGCCACCAUUCUGAAACUUUUGGAAGUUGUACAUCCUGCGGCCAAGACUCUGGUAGACAUUGCCAGAUCUCAGGAUGCUGAGGUUGGUGAUGGCACCACCUCAGUGACUCUGCUUGCUGCUGAGUUUCUGAAGCAGUUGAAGCCGUACGUGGAGGAGGGACUUCACCCCCAGACCAUCAUCAGAGCUUUCCGCACUGCCACUCAGCUUGCCGUUAAAAAGAUCAACGAAAUCGCUGUUACAGUCAAAAAGGAUGACGAGCAGGAACAAAGGAGGUUGUUGGAGAAGUGUGCUGCUACAGCUAUGAACUCGAAGCUGAUCGCAGGACAGAAGGAUUUCUUCUCCAAGAUGGUGGUAGAUGCGGUGAUGAUGCUGGACGAUCUGCUGCCUUUGAAGAUGAUUGGAGUGAAGAAGGUGCAGGGUGGAGCUCUGGAGGAAUCUCAGCUUGUGGCUGGUGUUGCAUUCAAGAAGACCUUCUCCUAUGCUGGCUUUGAGAUGCAGCCCAAGCGCUAUGUGAACCCAAAGAUCGCACUGCUCAACAUUGAGCUGGAGUUGAAGGCAGAGAAGGACAAUGCUGAGGUUCGCGUGAACUCUGUGGAGGACUAUCAGGCCAUUGUUGAUGCCGAAUGGAACAUUCUGUAUGAUAAGCUGGAGAAGAUCUACAAAUCUGGUGCUAAAGUGGUGCUGUCCAAGCUGCCCAUUGGAGAUGUAGCCACACAGUACUUUGCAGACAGAGAUCUGUUCUGUGCAGGCCGUGUUGUGGAGGAAGAUCUCAAGAGAACUAUGAUGGCCUGUGGCGGCUCUAUUCAGACCAGUGUCGGUGCCCUGACUGAUGAUGUGCUAGGACAGUGUGAGCUCUUUGAAGAAGUGCAGGUUGGAGGAGAAAGAUACAACGUUUUUAAAGGCUGUCCAAAAGCCAAGACCUGCACCUUCAUCCUGAGGGGCGGCGCAGAGCAGUUCAUGGAAGAGACGGAACGCUCACUGCACGAUGCUAUCAUGAUUGUGCGCAGAGCGAUCAAGAAUGACUCAAUUGUUGCUGGAGGUGGCGCUAUAGAGAUGGAGCUUUCGAAGUAUCUGAGGGAUUACUCUAGAACAAUUCCAGGGAAGCAGCAGCUACUGAUCGGAGCCUAUGCCAAAGCCCUGGAGAUAAUUCCCAGACAGCUGUGUGACAAUGCAGGCUUUGAUGCUACCAAUAUCCUAAAUAAACUGAGGGCCAAGCAUGCACAGGGUGGCAUGUGGUAUGGAGUGGAUAUAAAUAAUGAAGACAUAGCGGAUAACUUCCAAGCGUGCGUAUGGGAGCCCUCUGUUGUGCGUAUCAAUGCCCUGACUGCUGCCUCUGAGGCUGCGUGCCUCAUCCUCUCAGUGGAUGAGACCAUCAAGAACCCUCGCUCCACUGCUGACGGCCCAGCGGCACCUGCUGGCAGAGGAAGAGGUCGUGGUAGACCCCAACACGCCCACUAAUCCACACCCAUCCCCAGCAGUGUCUUGGGCAGAGCCUCUGGACUUUCAGAAGGUCAAAACAAAUGCUGGCCUCUUAUAGGGCCUUAAUUUGUUUCCUUGACCUGUUUUGUUAUUCCCUGGUCCCACUAAAUCCAUGCAUUUCUGUGCGUUUACAAAGGCUAAAACAGAAUAAAAUGUAAUUAGUUCCAGAUCGAUGGAGAUUGAAUCAUCUGUUGGGUAGUUGGAGAUUUGAAUGUUGUUUUGUGAUAGUCUGAGAACACACGCAAACCCUACACGCACUCAAAAAAUAAAGUCAGUUUGUAGAUCUGUAUAAGCACUGAUAUGCAGGCACUCUGCUGAGAUUCGUUCCUGUGUUGGUCAUUCGGCGGAACUAUUUAUUGGACCAUUAAAAGCAGUACUUUUGCUUCUCAA